CUUUAACACUGUUAUACACCUCCACUGCGCUGGAUUCACUCUAUACCCGGUUCAUUAGGAGGCUUGAGCUCCUUCUUGUCGCACUAGGACUACAUUUCCCGUGCCGACGUGACAGCGGCUUAUGACGUCAAAGCUAUGCGCCGGUUCUCACAGUUCUCGAUGAAGGUCUUGAUUAGCUACAAAAAAUAAUACCAGAUAUUAAGUCACCAUGGUGAUGAAGUCAGCGGUGGAGGAUGAUGAUGCUGGCUGGGGGUUAGGCAUCCCAGAAAAGAUGAAAAACAAUGCCAACUGGGUUGAUAUUACACAUGAAUUCAAGGGUUCAUGCAAAGAGUUGAACCUUGGGGAGUUGCUACAUGACAAAUUGUUUGGCCUUUUUGAGGCUAUGUCAGCCAUAGAGAUGAUGGAUCCUAAGAUGGAUGCAGGAAUGAUUGGAAACCAGGUCAACAGGAAAGUUCUCAACUUCGAACAAGCUAUCAAGGAAGGUGUCAUCAAGGUUAAAGACCUCCGUCUUCCUGAGCUCAUUGGAAUCAUAGACACAUGUUUCUGUUGUUUGAUCACAUGGCUCGAGGGUCACUCCCUGGCACAGACUGUGUUCACGUGUCUUUAUGUCCAUAACCCGGACCUGAUAGAGGAGCCAGCACUCAAAUCCUUUGCCCUGGGCAUCCUGAAGGUCUGUGACAUUGCCCGAGAGAAAGUCAACAAGGCUGCUGUGUUCGAGGAGGAGGAUUUCCAGGCCAUGACUUAUGGCUUCAAGAUGGCCAAUAAUGUUACAGACCUGCGGGUGACAGGUAUGCUUAAAGAUGUGGAGGAUGAGUUACAGAGAAAAGUUAAGAGCACGCGUAGUCGACAGGGUGAGCAGCGCGACCCAGAGGUUGAGCUGGAGCAUCAGCAGUACUUGGCACUCUUCAAUAGGAUCAAGUUCACACGCCUUCUACUGACUGCACUGAUUGCCUUCACCAAAAAAGAGACCAGCUCAGUGGGUGAGGCCCAGAAGCUUGUGGCCCAAGCAGCUGACCUCUUAUCAGCCAUUCAUUCCAGUAUUCAGCAUGGUAUCCAGUCACAGAAUGACACCACUAAAGGAGACCACCCCAUCAUGAUGGGCUUUGAGCCCCUGGUCAACCAGAGACUGCUGCCUCCUACGUUUCCUCGCUACGCCAAGAUUAUUAAGAGGGAGGACAUGGUGGCUUACUUCAGCAAACUUAUAGAACGCAUAAAGACAGUCUGUGACGUGAUCAACACAACCAACCUACAUGGCAUACUGGACUUCUUCUGUGAGUUCAGUGAGCAGUCUCCAUGUGUGCUCUCCAGAUCACUACUUCAAACAACGUUCCUGAUAGAUAAUAAGAAAGUCUUCGGCACCCACCUGAUGCAGGACACGAUUAAAGAUGCUCUGAGGUACUUCGUCAGCCCUCCUGUCCUCACAUACAAGUGUUGUCUGUUUAACAACCACCAGGCUAAGGACUACAUUGACUCUUUUGUUACACACUGCUCCAGACCAUUCUGCAGCCUGAUCCAGAUCCACGGACACAACCGAGCUCGGCAGAGAGACAAGCUGGGUCACAUUCUUGAAGAGUUUGCCACGCUGCAGGAUGAGGCAGAGAAGGUGGAUGCGGCGCUGCAUGGCCUACUGAUGAAACUUGAGCCUCAGCGGCAGCAUCUCGCCUGUCUUGGCACCUGGAUCCUCUACCACAACCUGAGGAUCAUGAUCCAGUACCUGCUGAGUGGCUUUGAACUGGAGCUCUACAGCAUGCACGAGUACUACUACAUCUACUGGUACCUGUCAGAGUUUCUUUACGCGUGGCUGAUGUCCACUCUGAGCAGAGCCGACACCUCUCAGAUGGCUGAAGAACGGAUUAUGGAGGAGCAACUGAAAGGACGCAGCAGCAAAAAGACCAAGAAGAAGAAAAAAAUUCGCCCUCUCAGCAAGGAGAUUACCAUGAGUCAAGCAUACCAGAACAUGUGUGCUGGCAUGUACAAGACAAUGGUAGCUUUGGAUAUGGAUGGAAAGGUGCCUAAGCCUCAGUUUGAGCUUGACAGCGAGCAGGUUCGCUACGAGCAUCGCUUCGCCCCAUUCAACAGUGUGGUCACCCCUCCACCUGUGCACUACAUCCAGUUUAAGGAAAUGUCCGAUUUGAAGAAAUACAAUCCUCCGCCAGGCUCGGCUGACCUCUACCUGGCAGCCAGCAAACAUUUUCAACAGGCCAAGCUCUUCCUAGAAAAUGUGCCUAUCCCAGAUCCAGAGGUGAACCGUAUACUGAAGGUGGCCAAACCCAACAUAGUGGUUAUGAAGCUGCUGGCUGGAGGACACAAGAAGGAGACAAAGGUGCUCCCUGAGUUUGACUUCUCGGCUCAUAAGUAUUUCCCUGUCGUCAAGAUAAUCUGAUGCUGCUCUUCAUCACAUGAGGAUGUCUCCGUGCAUCAGCCGAAACCUGAACAAGUGUGCAAUGGCCCCGAUUCAGCCCAUGUCUGAACAGUGUGUGUGAAUGAAUGAGAUACUGCAAAGGAGUGUUUGAUACAGCCCAUUUCUUUUCCCCCACCUGACUGAGAAAUGUGACCAGAGAAGUCACAACUGGACCUGAAUGAGUGUCAAUAUCCACAUCUGUGAAAGUCUGUUUGUUUGUGUGAUGUCAGACACAAAGAGGUGCUUUUGUGCACAGAACUGGCCAGUGGGAUUUUUUAUAAGCUGCCUCCUGAACAGUUUUGUUAUGGCUUGAAAAUAAUGCUGAAAUGACAAUGGAUGCAUAUCAUUAAAUCCUAUAAAAGAA